AUGCUGGUAGGAAUCACCACCUUAGCCUUCUGCGCUUACUUUUUCUGCGGUCCCGCACCCGUCAACCCUACCGACCCAACACUUCCUAAAACGCCCUUUGGUCUGUUGGUCCAAUACCUUCCGCAUAGACCAUCUCCUCUUCAGCAGCUCACUCAGCUAAAUCCGCGUCUCAAGGUAAAUCUUGGUUUGAAGGCAAAAGGACGUUUAGGCAAAUCUAGAUUCCGCAGACUUGUUCCUAGACGAAAAAGACACACCGUCAUUGCAUGCAACCAUAACUCCAGAGAACAGAACGCCCCUAGAUUAAAACCAUUUGAAACUGGUAAAAGACAAAUUUUUUCAAAGCUCAAGCUUUGUAAAGCAGAAAUAUCAGUGCAAAAGGAAAAUCAACAAUCUAUUAAGCAUCACAAAGAAUAA